UCUCUAGUCCGCUGUUCGCGCCUCUUGACGGUUACCGCGUUACUUAGCAUAAAAUAAAUAAAAACUCAAACGUGUCGCGGCGGAAUGAUUGUUGAUCGAUGAGUGUUUUAAAUUAAAAAAAAAAAAUAUGGAAAGAAAAAGAAAUAAAUAAUCAAGUAUAUUGAAGAGAUGAAAUCAUAACGUAAUGUAAUAAUAUUUCUUAUUGAGAGUGAUCUAUGUGUUAGUGAUAAUUUUCGUCAAAGCGUGUGAUAUAUGAGCUUUAGUGUUGCCAGAAAAUAAUCUAAUCUCGUCACAAUUAUUACAGUUUAUCCGAUAUAUUGUUUCUAAAGCCAUUGACCUCCUCGUUUGGUAUAACAUGAACACUAUCAUAGCUUUUAUAACAUAACCUUCACUAUCAAAGCUCGUUAAUGACAUAUAUAUUUAAUCACUGUCAUUAUAAAAAACAUGUCAACCAGAAGCUUAACUUUAUUCUUCAUUUGACUUACAUAUUUUGUUAACGUGAAUACUGAUAGUUUGAAUGUUAAUGAAACGCUUACAGACGAGUAACAAACUGUAUGAAUAUACUAUAUAGUGGAAACAGUUCCCGGUAUUAUUAUUAAUAUUUCAUUAUAACAAUUGUCUGAUUUUUUUUCUCUUUACUUUCAUUUCAGCUAUAUUCUUGUUAGUCUUAAUGUCAGUCAUUCGUCACCACGUCGUUUAUAAUUAGAGACAUUUUAAAAACAGUGGACUGUGAAGCUUAGUACGUACAAUCCUACGGGAGAUAAGUAAAUAGGUGUUGAUAAACAUGUCAUAGUUGCUUUACGCGGUACGAACACGAUUUUUCAGAGGUUUCAGCUUCGAAACCUGUUUAUAUGGAUGAAAUUUUCAUUAUUUAUCAAUUUACUUUUGAUUUAAUUAUCAUCUCAACAUUGCUUUAACGUUAGAAAGAUUAUUGCACUAAUAUUAUAGUAUUAUAUUCAUCAGUAUUCGGUAAAUCAAUAUUCUUGUAUAAUCAUUUAAAAAUCCAGACGAUUUUUAUCAUAAAAUUGUUAUUCUCUCUGCGAUAACUGUUUAAAUAACUUAAGUCAGAAUAACUGAUAUAUAUUCAUCGAAAAAAUAACUCACGCCUGAAAAUCAUUACAGUAAUAAGUUUAAAUUAUUAGUUGAAUAAUCGAUCUGUAAGACCUGUACGAUUCACCAUUAACCGGAUCAUUAUUAUAUCACGUACUAACACAUCACUAAUCUAAACGCUUGUAACAUAAGAGCGAUGUUCCGGCCGAGUCUGUUCCGAGGCCUGAGCUCGGAGUCAUCUGAUGGAUACGAUCUCGACAGGAGCCGGCGAGCGUCGCUCAGCGCUGAGCAACGCCGCCGGCUGAGCAUGCUCAGGACGGCCAGCGUGCCCUCGCCCUCCACGCCGGUGAGCCACAUUUACCAUUUGGUACCCUGCCCGAGAAAAUGUUGUCACCAGAAAUAUGUGGUCAGUACAGAUCGCAGCGGCGACAUACAUGUUCAUGUGCAGGGCGACUUGAGUCAACAGGACAAGCGAUGUGUCUUCCUGACCGUGCACGACCUCGGCACUAACCACACGUCGAUGGUCGACUUCGUGAACAGCCCCGCCAUGUCAGAGAUCAAGGAGAGGUCGUGUUUCAUCCACGUGGACGUCCCCGGACACGAGGAGAACUCACCGGACUUACCGGAAUCCUAUCCGUUCCCGUCCUUACAAACGCUGGGCGAGGACCUCAUCACGGUUCUCGACUUCCUGCACGUGCGCUACGCCGUGGGUGUGGGCGAGGGCGCCGGGGCGAACGUGUUGGCUCGCUGCGGGCUGGCUCACCCUCGCAGACUGCUGGGGCUGGUCCUGGUGAACUGCACGGCCUCCACGUCCUCCGUGGCGGACGCCUUCCGCAGCAGGUUCUCUAGGUGGCGAGGCGCCGACAUAUCUCAGUCGGAGGAAGACUUCCUCAUCUACCACAAGUUCGGACACCAAAUAUCGAGUGACUCUCUGUCCGCGGGGGAGAGGGAGCGCAUGCUGGCCGAGUACAGAUCGCGCCUGCGCGGGAACCUCAACACCCACAACAUCAAGCAGUACGUGCGGGCCUUCACCAAUCGCAAGGACCUCGUACUGAAGGGCUGUCAGCCAGACAUCCUUCUGAUAACGGGCACCCUGAGCCCCUACUCGUCUGUGGUGGAGCGCAUGUACCGGGAGCUGGACAAGGAGAAGGUCACCAUCCUCAAAGUAGAUAAGGUCGGGGACGUGCUCGCUGAGGCUCCGGCCAAAGUGGCACAGUCGCUGCUAUUAUUCUGCCAAGGACAGAGCCAGCUGACGUCACUUCCGCCCCCCGGGGUGGAGCGGCGGAUGUCACGAGCCAUGUCAAUGGAGGAGUACGACAAACCGAAUAUAAGGAGGCUGUCCCUGACACCGAGGAAUUCAGACUCACCGCCGCUGAGGAAACUAUAGACAUAGACACACACACACCCGCAUCACUAACAUUACGCGACGGUGUCAAUAACGGUAAUGAUGUUAAUUGAUUAUAUACAAAUGUAUUGCUUUUUGGUAUUACACACUCGCAUAUCGCAUAUGUUUUAAAAUUUCAAUAGUUUCUUUUGAACGUCAAUCACAUAUAACACGGAGUGAACAUGUACACUACCGGUAUCUGGGUCGCGAGUGUAACCUCGCGCCGAGACCUCAGGUGCGGUUCAACGUUUAAAACUUGCUGAAUUAAUAACGAGCGUCCCAACGAGUUAUUCAACGAAGUGAUUUGGUUCCCUCGCAGGACCUUAAUACCUUUAUUAAUAUGUUAUAUUAGUUUUGCGACUUCGUCUAAACACAGCUCGGUUUCUUUGAACAUUGUAUUGUCGUAAUUGUUUAUAUUUCGCAUGUCUUUGUUAAGAUUAUUUGUAACUAUUAUAAUAAAUGUAUAUUUUAUAAUCACAAAAUGAAUACAGAUUUCAAUAAUUCUGCAUUAA